CCAGAAUCGCGCGGAAUGAAGUUGUCAUUUCAAGCUCGGGAGCUCUCGCGGUGCGCAUUAAUCCAGACCCGUGUGGUGUGUGUGUGUGUGUGUGUGAGUGCGUGCGUGUGUGCGUGUGUGUGCGCGCGCGCGCGCGCGUGCGUGUAUGUGUAUAUGUGUGUACGGAGCAUGCCGUCCAGAGCGCUUGAACCGACCUGCGAAGGAUCCGCUCAGUCAUGGGAGUGCAUUACCUCGCCCGUGCGAUUUCCGCCAUCAAUAAUUUAAUCUAUUUGCUCCAAAGCUGAAGAGACUGACGACAACUCGGCGCUGCUGCUUGGCAGAAAAAAAAGAGAAAAAAAAAACCAGCGCGAGGAAUUAAAGCUUGGGGGGGAAACGCGUGAGGGGUUUGCGCGCGCUGGGGGACUUUUUUUGAUCCAAAAAAACAUCCCAGAUGACACUGUCCCGCUGAAUGGUCUCCCUUUAGAACUGGACAGUAAAAUAAAGUUCCAACAGGUCAGAAGAGUGAUGACCAUCCUGUUCCUUACUAUGGUUAUUUCAUACUUCAGUUGCAUGAGAGCUGCGCCCAUGAGAGAGGUGCCGGGCGUUGUGGGGGGCCACCGAGCCGAGGGCUACCUGGGGGCCGCCCGGGGCCAUGGGACUCCACCGAGCGGGGGAGCUCUGCCCUCGCUCACGGACACGUUCGAGCAGGUGAUCGAGGAGCUACUGGAAGUGGAGGGGGAGGCAGCGCAGGGCCAGGGAGGGGGGGGCCCCGGCAACGCAGCAACGGCCGAGUCAAAGGACGUCGACACGUAUGCAUCGCGUGUGAUGAUCAGCAACCAAGUGCCUUUGGAGCCGCCGCUGCUCUUUCUCUUGGAGGAAUACAAAAACUACCUGGAUGCCGCCAACAUGUCGAUGCGGGUGCGGCGCCACUCGGACCCGGCGCGGCGUGGCGAGCUCAGCGUGUGCGACAGUAUUAGCCAGUGGGUGACGGCCGUGGACAAAAAGACGGCUAUCGACAUGUCCGGCCAGACCGUCACCGUGCUGGAGAAGGUCCCGGUGGCCAAUGGGCAGCUGAAGCAAUACUUUUACGAGACCAAAUGCAACCCGCUGGGUUACACGAAGGAGGGCUGCCGAGGAAUAGACAAGCGGCACUAUAACUCGCAAUGCCGGACAACCCAAUCGUACGUGCGAGCCCUCACCAUGGAUAGCAAACGGAAGAUCGGCUGGAGGUUUAUACGGAUAGACACUUCGUGUGUAUGCACAUUGACCAUUAAGAGGGGGAGAUAGUGUACACAAUGUAUAGAUUUUAUUGAGAGUUCUAACAAGAGAGAAAGAAAAAGAGUAAAUAUCUAUUUGUAUAUAUACAUAACAGGGUAAAUUAUUCCGUCAGAUGAAAAUUUUAUGGACUGCAUGUAAAAAAGAUGAAGUUUAUACAGUAAAGUGAUACUACAGUCUAUUUAUUGAACAUAUUCAUGACCUUGUAAACAAUUAAAAAAAGAUCUGAUCAGUCA